AUGGAUGACUAUCUCAUGAUCUUCGCCAUGAUAUCAUUUGUACUGUUCUGUGCUUCUGCUGCCACCGGUGUACACUAUGGUACCGGCCGUCAUUACUGGGACCUCCAACCGGAGGAUAUAUCAGAAGCGUUGAAGUAUUGGUAUUUUUGCUACAUCUGGUAUUGCGUGACGAUGAUCUUAACAAAGAUCUCUAUCGGAUAUUUCCUGCUGAGAAUCACCGUCGAGCGGAUACACACCUGGAUCAUUGGCAGCGUCAUGCUGGUUACCGUCGUCACCGGCAUCGUCUUUUUCUUUGUUACAAUGCUGCAGUGCGCUCCGGUCUCUUACUUCUGGGACAAGACUGGACAUGGAUCCUGCAUAAACAUCGACGUCAUCAUCAUUCUCACCUACAUCUACAGUGCUUGCAGCGUCAUCUGCGACUUUACUUUUGCACUGCUUCCGAUUGUCCUCAUCAUGCAACUUCAGAUGAACAGCAGGACCAAGAUUGCAUUGAUCCCUAUCAUGCUUAUGGCAUGCGUUGCGAGUGCUGCAGUUGUUGUCAGAUUUCCCUAUGUAAAGGACUUUAAGAACAUCGACUUCUUGUGGGCGACCACCGACAUUGCAAUCUGGUCUACUACCGAGCAAGGCCUAGCCAUCACGGCCGGCAGUCUUGCUACCCUCCGACCGCUCUUUAGGAAGAUUGCGGCCAAGCUGGGAUGGUCGACGAUGCGAUCCACUGGAGAUGUCCCGGGCGGUUCUGCGAGUAACCGUAACACAACUAGCCGUUCGAAAAAGAAAGGAUCGCGCGACCCAUUCAGCCUCGCCACUUUUAACCGAAACGAAGACGACGAUGAGGAGGCAAGAAAUCCGAGCGAAGACGGGCAGAUAAAGUUGGUGAACGGAUAUCAAGGAGGUUUCCAAACAACAAUCACCGCUGGACCCAAGUCCGUAUGGAAGCCGAAAGGACGCGGAUCAGAUAACGAGAGCGAGGAGGAGCUUCGGAUGGAGGGGUCGAAGGUCAAAAGCUUUCUCAUUACCGAAGAGACCAUUUGA